AUGAGUGUGAUAAGUGACGAAGGUGAAAUGGAUUUAGAAAAGUGUGUACAGACGUUUGAAAAGGAGGAAAUAGAAUUGCCAGAGGACAGUCCUGGUGGAAAGUUGACAUACUUCCUUGCCCCAUAUUUUUUCGAGAAAACAUGGAUAGACGACAUUAUCGCUUCUCUUUUAGGUGCAUUUUUGUCACCAUCGCUUGUACGGUUUCCUUAUUUUAUUCUGCGAGACUUUUAUGGUAAUAAAAUUGAAACUACACUUUCAGACGUAUUUUCUCCCUUAUUGAUGAUCAUUCAUUGCUUCCUAUGCUUUACGUUUUCUUUUUGGAACUUCAUCGACAAUAGGAAAAACGUUGAUAUUGAGAAAAAAGUGCUCCAAAAGUUAUUGAAGGAAGUGGCUGAAAUGGACCUGACCGGGGAUCCAGUAGCUUGGCAAAGAGUUGCAUCUAGAGUUAAUCACUUUUCUGAAGAGGGGGGACAUCAUUAUCCUCUUUUUUACAGUGGGGAGCAUUGUAAACGCUUUUUUGUGAGAGAAAUCGUAAAACCAAUAGAGCGUCAGACCUAUGACAUCCGAUGUUAUUUUGGAGGAGAAAUAUGCAGCAAUUUUUGGAAAAAUCCAUCAAACAAGGCGCUAACUGAGAGAGCACUUGCGAAUUAUAACAAGAGCGUUGAGAACUUUGGUGAAUUAUCACAUACGGCAGAAAAAGAUGAAUUUAGAGAUGGUAUUUUCGAGAAGUUUCAUAGUAUUUUCAACACCUCAAUGUUUUACUUGGUGAUGACAGAGCUAGGGUCCUUUAUGAUUAUGAUGCUGACCUUCAUUAUCUCGAUGAUUUCUUGUGCCAUUUUUAAUUCAUUCGCUACACCUCAAUAG